GUAUUGACUAGCUCGUAAUAAAGUCGUGGAUCAUCAUCGACGUUUGCCUGCCGAACGCCUUUCCAGAGCAGCUUGUCCACCACUGCAUCUCUCAACCUCGACCGCCAGUCAUGUCGUACGAUCCUAGAGAACACUUUCAACAGAUCCAGAGGACGCUGCAGCAGCGUCGUGGUCAAGGCUUCGGAGGAGUUCCGGGAGGCGGUGCUGCAGGUCGAGGUCUUAUUGCUUUGAUCGGUUUGGGCGUUGCCGGAGUGGUCUUGUCCAACUCCAUAUUCAACGUUGACGGUGGUCACCGCGCGAUCAAGUACACUAGGGUAUCUGGAGUGUCAAAAGAGAUCUAUAACGAAGGCACACAUCUACGGAUACCUUGGUUCGAAACACCUAUCGAUUACGAUGUACGAGCGAAGCCGAGAAACGUCGCAUCCUUGACCGGAACGAAGGAUCUCCAGAUGGUCAACAUCACAUGCCGUGUAUUGUCCAGACCUCGAGUUGAAGCACUACCUCAGAUCUACCGUACCCUUGGUACUGACUACGACGAGCGAGUACUGCCGUCAAUCGUCAACGAAGUUCUCAAAAGCGUGGUGGCGCAGUUCAACGCCAGUCAAUUGAUCACACAGCGAGAAAAUGUUGCCAGAUUAGUCCGGGAUAACCUUACGAGAAGAGCUGCAAGAUUCAAUAUCAUGCUUGACGAUGUCUCGCUGACGCACCUCUCUUUCUCGCCUGAGUUCACCGCUGCCGUCGAGGCGAAGCAAGUUGCACAACAAGAGGCUCAGAGAGCAGCCUUCAUUGUUGACAAGGCGAGACAGGAGAAACAGGCAACGGUCGUUCGGGCUCAGGGUGAAGCCAGAUCCGCCGAAUUGAUUGGCGAUGCUAUCAAGAAGAGCAGAAGUUAUGUCGAAUUGAGGCAAAUAGAGAAUGCUCGCAACAUUGCAAGCAUUCUGCAAGAAGCGGGAGGCAAGAACAAACUCUAUCUCGAUGCUCAGGGUCUUGGCCUCAAUGUCCAUGCCGGCGAGGACAGCGUCUCGAAGAAGUAAACGGGCGUGCAUCAAUAUGGUCAUAUGUAUUCUACUAGGGCAGAAAUCUCGAAAAGGCUACUUCUUUCUAGCCUUCUGUUAGCGAUCGAUACUACCAAUGUAACAAUUCUUCACUCGAAAA